GGGACGGAGUUGCGCAGAAAGCCCGGCAGGCUUCAGCCUCAGACUGAAACUAAUUGGAGCUAAAAUGGCGCUGACUUCCCAAGGAACAAAGAAGAAAGUUUGCUAUUAUUAUGACGGUGAUGUUGGGAAUUAUUACUAUGGCCAGGGUCAUCCCAUGAAGCCUCACCGCAUCCGUAUGACUCACAACCUCCUCCUCAACUAUGGCCUCUAUAGGAAGAUGGAGAUCUAUAGGCCACACAAAGCCAAUGCUGAAGAGAUGACCAAAUAUCACAGCGACGACUACAUCAAGUUCCUCCGCUCCAUCCGCCCAGAUAACAUGUCCGAGUACAGCAAGCAGAUGCAGAGAUUUAACGUGGGUGAAGACUGCCCCGUGUUCGACGGCCUGUUUGAGUUCUGUCAGCUUUCAACAGGCGGCUCUGUCGCGGGUGCCGUGAAAUUAAACAAGCAGCAGACAGACAUCGCUAUUAACUGGGCGGGCGGCCUCCAUCAUGCCAAGAAGUCGGAGGCGUCUGGUUUCUGCUACGUCAACGACAUUGUGCUGGCCAUCCUGGAACUGCUCAAGUACCAUCAAAGAGUUCUGUAUAUUGAUAUCGACAUCCACCAUGGAGAUGGAGUCGAGGAGGCCUUCUACACCACAGACCGCGUCAUGACCGUGUCUUUCCAUAAGUAUGGAGAAUACUUUCCUGGCACGGGUGACCUCCGAGACAUUGGUGCUGGAAAGGGUAAAUACUAUGCUGUGAACUACCCACUCAGGGAUGGGAUUGAUGAUGAGUCUUAUGAAGCCAUAUUCAAACCCAUCAUGGCUAAAGUGAUGGAGAUGUACCAGCCGAGUGCUGUCGUGCUUCAGUGUGGUGCUGACUCUCUGUCUGGGGACAGGCUGGGCUGCUUCAACCUCACCAUCAAAGGUCAUGCUAAGUGUGUCGAGUACAUGAAGAGUUUUAACCUGCCCUUACUCAUGCUGGGUGGAGGAGGCUACACCAUCAGGAACGUGGCUCGCUGCUGGACCUAUGAGACAGCCGUCGCCCUGGACAGCACUAUUCCCAAUGAACUUCCAUACAACGACUACUUCGAGUAUUUCGGACCUGACUUCAAACUCCAUAUCAGUCCCUCCAACAUGACCAACCAGAACACAAACGACUACCUAGAAAAGAUCAAGCAGCGUCUGUUUGAGAACCUACGCAUGCUGCCUCACGCUCCCGGAGUGCAGAUGCAGGCCAUCCCAGAGGACGCCGUGCAGGAGGACAGCGGGGACGAGGAGGACGACCCAGACAAACGCAUCCCCAUUCGUGCCCACGAUAAGCGGAUAGCCUGCGACGAAGAGUUCUCCGAUUCCGAGGAUGAAGGACAAGGCGGCCGCAGAAACGCGGCCAACUACAAGAAGGCCAAGAGAGUGAAGACCGAGGAGGAGAAAGACGGAGAAGAAAAGAAAGAUGUGAAGGAGGAGGAGAAAACCCCAGAUGAGAAAAUGGACACAAAAGGGCCAAAAGAAGAGCUGAAAACAACCUGAACACCAGAGUCUAAACAGAUGCAUGAACUCGAGUUCACACACACACACACACACGUGAUGUUAGCCUCCGUGCUAAAGACUGUAAAUUAUUUUCUAAGACUUCUUUUACUAUUUGUAUUCUUAAUGGGUGGCAUAAGUUUUGUUUUUGUUUUUUUGUUUUGUUUGUUUGUUUGCAUUACACGUGUUGAAAUGUAAGAUGUAUCCUUUCCUUAUCACACACCCCUCAUGGUUUGGUCCCCCACCCCCGGGUUAUGAAUCUUGGCAUCAUUUUAGGUAGAAAUUUAUAGUAACACCUCAAACCGGACCAGAAGCAGGUGAGAUGGUCAUUAGCUGUGCUCCACCUCUAAGUUAUUUGGAAUCAUGGACUUGAAUACAUAAACACGUGCAUCGUUUCCUGUAUUAGGUCUUGUCUUUUGUGGAUGCUGCUCCUCCCUGGCCCAGUGUCCUUUACCUCAUUUUAAAGAGAGAAAUUUGUUUGUUUUAAUGAUGUCUUUGUUUAUGGCUCCUGUGGCCAGAAAUAGCAGUUUUAGGAGUUCCACAGUUCUGUGGUUUUGAAUUGUCCAUAUUAUUAUUAUUUUAUUUUUUUUUUUUUUUGUAAAGUAAAUAAAGAGAACAUGAUCUCUUA